GUUUUGAUUAAAGUAAACUCUGAUUGCUUUUCUCAAGUGCCGUGAAAGUGUUGACUAGAAAUAGCUGCAAUUGUGAAGUUAUUCCUUUUCUCAGAAAGUCUAUCAAACAAUAAGGCAACAAAGGAAACUUCGCGCACGACAAAUAGAAAAGUGUUUUACGCAUCUGCCAAGCCAAAAAUUCAGAAAUCUCUGUAGAAAAAUACGAAAAUUCAAAGAAAACAAGAUAAGAGCUAAGGGCUCGCCGUAUGAUAAUUGUUGAUUGAGUCGUAACUCCGUAACUCGUAGAACUACCAAGCCUACUACCACUACUACUACCACAACUCUGCCUAAAACAAUACACGGUGUGGGGUUUUCUGUACCGCUGUGCCGCGGUAGCCCCUGUAGCUACCAUGGGCGCCAACGUCUCGCAGCUGGAGCGCGAAAUUGGCUCCGAUCUGUUUCCGCCCAAUGAGCAUUAUUUCGGGCUGGUUAACUUUGGAAAUACUUGCUAUAGCAACUCGGUGCUGCAGGCCCUCUACUUCUGCAAGCCCUUUCGCGAGAAGGUACUCGAGUAUAAGGCGAAGAAUAAAAGGCCAAAAGAGACGCUGCUCUCGUGCCUUGCCGAUCUCUUUUAUAGCAUUGCCACGCAGAAGAAGAAGGUUGGCUCGAUUGCGCCAAAGAAGUUCAUAACGCGAUUGCGCAAGGAGAAGGAGGAGUUCGACAACUAUAUGCAGCAGGAUGCCCAUGAGUUUCUCAAUUUUCUGAUUAAUCACAUCAACGAGAUCAUUUUGGCCGAGCGCAACACGGGCGGCACAGGGAAGACGGCGAAUGGUGGCGGUGCAACUGCUGCCUCGAAUAAUAGCACCACUAAUAUCACCAACACCAACAGCAACAGCAACGCUACCACCACGAAGUCAAACUCGACUUCCAACUCCUCGAAUUCAACAUCGACCUCAACUUCCAAUUCGACGGCAACCAACGGAAACUGCAGCAACUCGACGGGUUCCUUGAGUGCCACCACAAGUGUCCUCGAUGGUAAUGGCAGUCUUACGGCAACGACCACGCCCAUAACCCAGACCAAUGGGGCUAACACGCAGCCCACUUGGGUGCACGAGAUUUUCCAGGGUAUUCUCACGUCGGAGACCCGUUGCCUCAACUGUGAGACGGUGAGCAGCAAGGACGAGAAUUUCUUCGAUCUACAAGUGGAUGUGGAUCAGAAUACGUCCAUAACUCAUUGCUUGCGCUGCUUUAGCAACACGGAGACGCUUUGCUCGGACAACAAGUUUAAGUGUGACAAUUGUUGCAGCUACCAGGAGGCACAGAAACGAAUGCGGGUCAAGAAGCUGCCCAUGAUCUUGGCGUUGCAUCUGAAGCGAUUCAAGUAUAUGGAGCAAUUUAAUCGACACAUCAAGGUGUCACAUCGUGUCGUCUUUCCGCUUGAACUGCGGCUAUUCAACACCUCCGACGAUGCCGUCAAUCCGGAUCGACUCUACGAUCUGACUGCCGUGGUUAUUCAUUGCGGAUCGGGACCAAAUCGUGGUCACUACAUUAGCAUUGUGAAGAGUCACGGACUCUGGCUGCUCUUCGAUGACGAUAUGGUCGAUAAGAUCGAGGCCUCGACCAUUGAAGACUUUUAUGGUCUUACCUCGGACAUUCACAAAUCAUCGGAAACUGGCUAUAUAUUGUUUUAUCAAUCCCGCGAUUGCGCUGCAUAGAUGGAGUCUUUAAUUAUCCUUUGCAUAAGGUUUAAGUUUAAAGUUUUUAAUUUGCAAAUCAUAAUUCCAAUUAAU